AUAACAGAUGAAGAGGCUCCAACAACUUCAAACUGUCCAACCGUGGAUCUUGAGAUCAUACCAGGAAGUGCUAUUGAUGUUUCUGUGAAUUGGGAUGAACCAUCGUUUGUGGACAACUCUGGUGACACUCCAAGUGUUACAAAAACCCAUAAUCCAGGAGAAUUGUUUAAUAUUGGUGAAACAAUUGUAGUGUACAACGCUACCGAUGCGUAUUUCAACGAGGGUUACUGUGAGAUUAAUAUCACAGUAGUCCAAGAUACUGAGGCGCCUGUUUUUACAUCCUGUCCAAGUGACACGAUUGUGGACACUCUCGAAAACAAGAACUAUUCCAUUGUAAAUUUUACUGUACCGGUGGCUAUCGACAAUAUUCAGUUACUGUCAGUAGAGCAAGCAUUAACAAAUUACAACCCUGAUGGAGAUAUUUACUACAUUGGUACAACCACAAUUCGUUACUUGGCUUUAGAUGAAGUGAACCAACCCACAUACUGUACCUUCAGUAUCACCGUUGAAGAUAAUCAAAUGCCAAAUAUUACUUGUCCUUCAAAUAUAAACGUCACAACGGACCCGAUGUCAGACAUGGCAAAUGUUACAUGGAAUGAUGCUGUAGCUAUUGACAACAACGACGGUGUACUUGCUGUGUACGGAAGUGAAAGUCCUCCCAGUUUAUUCCCAAUUGGCCAAUCCGAAGUGACGUACAAUGCAACUGAUUCCAACAAUAACACUGCUGAGUGUAGCUUUGACAUCAAUGUCUCGGAUGAAGAGGCACCUGUAUUUACAUAUUGUCCACCUGACAUAGCAGUUGGAAACGAUCCUGGUGCAAACAAUGCAACAGUUACAUGGGACGAACCAUCUGUUACAGACAACUCCCUCAUGGAUGUAAUGCUUGAAUCAGACAUAAUGAACGGAAGUGUAUUCCAGUUGGGUAAUACCACAGUUAUGUACACUGCGAUUGAUAUGUACGGCAACAUAAAUGAAAACUGUUCAUUUGUGGUUACUGUUUCAGAUACUGAGCCUCCGAUGACCGACGAAUGCUUAGAAAAUAUUACAAUAACCACGGACGCCGGUGAAAGCUUUGCUUCAAACAUUAUUUGGACUGCUCCUGGAUUCACCGACAACUCUAUGAUGACACCGAAUGUUGUUUCAUCACACGAUUCCACAGACAGUUCUUUAGAAUAUCCAAUCGGUACAACCAUAAUAACCUACAAUGCGACAGAUGAUGCUGGUAACCUAGGGCAGUGUGAAUUUCCUAUCAUUGUUACAGAUAUUGAAGCUCCAGUUUUCACGGAAUGCCCAGGCGAUAUUAUGGAUAAUACUGACGUGGGAUCAGCCACCGCCACAAUCACAUGGGGUGCUGUCGAUGCUACUGACAAUUCCGGUCUCAUGGUCACGAUAGAAAGUAAUUUUCAAAAUGGUACAGGCUUUCCCAUUGGCGAGACACUAGUGAUGUAUAAUGCUACGGACUCGUCAGGCAACAUCAAUGAUACUUGCUUAUUCUGGGUCAACAUUACAGAUGUUGAAGCUCCAGUUUUCACGGAAUGCCCAAACGAUAUUAUGGAGAAUACUGACGCGGGAUCAGCCACCGCUACAAUCACAUGGAGUGCCGUCGAAGCUACUGACAAUUCUGGACUCAUGGUAACGAUACAAAGUAAUUUUCAAAAUGGUACAGGCUUUCCCAUUGGCGGGACACUAGUGAUGUAUAAUGCUACGGACUCGUCAGGCAACAUCAAUGAUACAUGUACAUUCUGGGUCAACAUUACAGAUAUGGAACCUCCAGAGUUUACAAGCUGUCCGAGCAACAUCACACUUGAUACUGACCCAGGUAGUCCAGAACGUAUUGUUGAAUGGGAAAAUGUAACUGCUGAGGACAAUUCUCAGCUACCAGUUUUAAUCGAUGGAACUCAUGAAUCUGGAGAUAGCUUUCCGAUCGGUACAACUCCGGUGAUGUUUAACGCAACGGAUGAAGCUGGGAAUGUUAACACCACAUGUGAAUUUGAUGUCACUAUUAAUGACAAUGAGCCACCAGUGUUUACAGAAUGUCCUUCAGAAGACAUAGUUCAAGGAACGGAUGAUGGUAAUCCAUCUGCAGUCGUCAUAUGGCCUGACGUUAAUGCAACUGAUAACUCUGGAAUCCCUCCCGUUAUCCUCUCAAAUUACGAUAGCGGAGACACAUUCCCGAUCGGCUCAACGUUUGUCAAAUUCAAUGCGACAGACGCAGCGGGAAAUGUCAAUAAUACAUGCCAAUUCUUUGUUAAUAUUACCGAUGAAGAAGCUCCCGUGUUUACUUUCUGUCCGUCGGAUAAUACAUCUACCACAGAUCCAGGCGUGAACUCUACGAGUAUGACAUGGAUGGCAGCAGAAGCUGAUGAUAACUCAGGAGAAACACCAAUGUAUACACGCAGUCACGAGUCGGGUGACAUAUUUGUUUUUGGAAGCACUAUCGUCCAGAUAAAUGCAUCAGAUGCUGCAGGGAACGUGAAUUUUACAUGCUCCUUCAUCAUCACCAUUACAGAUGACGAGAUGCCGACGACAGAUGAUUGCCCAGCUGAUCAGAACGUGACAACGGAUGAAGGCAUGAGCUUUGCUACUAGUGUUAGUUGGAUUCUACCGACGUUUGAGGACAACGUUGAUAAGACUGUUGAGCUUGUGAUCUCCGAAUCACAAGCAAGUAAUAUUUCUACAAUGUUUUUUAUUGGAGCUACAGAGAUAACUAUCAAUGCUACAGACCUGUCUAUGAAUACAGGAACGUGUACGUUCAAUAUCUACGUCACAGAUGAAGAGGCUCCGGUAUUUACAAUGUGUCCCGAUGACCAAUCUAUCAAUACUACCGUAGGAGAACCAACUGGAAUGACAACCUGGGAGACACCAACAGCCACCGACAACUCUGGGGACACCCCUGACAUUGUUGGCACACACAACACCUCAUAUGAUUUUCCAGCUGGCGAUACAACCGUAGAGUACACUGCAACUGAUGCCUAUGGGAAUGUUAACACUUCGUGCACUUUUGUCAUCAGUGUUGAAGAUAACGAGGCACCAAUAAUAACAUUCUGCCCUCCUGAUGAAGAUAUAUUUACAGAUAUUCAAACAAAUACUGGUGCUGCAAAUUGGCAAAAUCCUACAGCAAUAGAUAACUCGGGUGUACCUCCAAAUAUUACCACAAAUAUUCAGAUAGACGAAUUGUUGGUUAUUGGAAACCAUACUGUGUUUGUCAAUGCAACAGAUGGGUCAGGAAACAUCAACACUACAUGUUUUUUUAACGUAGAGAUCAUAGAUAAUGUACCACCUGUAGUAAGUUGUAUAAAUAACACUAUCAUAAUGCUUGGAAAUGAUAGCUCCACCGCUAUAGUCAACUGGACGGCACCUGACGUUUUCGACAAUUCGGGGGAAUCAGUGACACUUACUUCAGCUCCAUCGUCGAGUGGGGAUGAAUUUGGAAUCGGCACGUUUGUCAUAACAUACACUGCCGUCGAUAUUUAUGGUAACGAAGAUCAAUCGUGCAUGUUCACUGUCACAGUUACAGAUCAAGAAGCUCCAAAUAUUACGUGUCCUAGCAAUAUUACCGAAGAAACGGAACCUGGAAGUAGAGCAGCAUUAAUUAAUUGGAUUGUUCCUGUACCGACUGAUAAUGUAGCACUUACCGCCUUAAGUCCUGUGGCGGUUCCUAAUAGAACGCCCGUGGUUACGAUCUUUAUUACCAAGGACGAUUUUCAAACCUACACCGCUACAGACACAGCAGGAAACAGUGCUUCAUGUACAUUCUAUAUCACUGUUGAAGACAAAGAACCCCCUGUGAUAGAAGACUGCCCUAUGGAUAUAAAUCUUAAUACAAGUGCGAGCGUAAACUACACUGAUGUUACCUGGACUGAACCUACAGCGAUGGACAAUUCGGGAUCGACACCAACCUUAACCUCAACGCAUUCAGUCGGUAGCAAUUUUUACAUCGGUGAAACAAUCGUAACUUACACAGCUGUAGACGGAUUUGACAAUACUGCCACUUGUAACUUCACAAUUAGUGUACAAGAUAUUGAACCACCAACAUUUGACUGCCAGGAAAGUUUCAAUGUAAACACAACCAUGAAUUCCAAUUCCACAAACGUCACAUGGAGUUAUCCUACAUAUAUGGAUAAUUCAUAUAGAGAUGUUAGUGUUAUGGAAAGUCACCCUAUACCAACCGUCUUGGUAAUCGGAAUCCAUGAAAUUACAUACACCUUUACGGACAUAUACAAUAACACAGACUCGUGCUCCUUCAACAUAACUGUAAAUGAUUUUGAAGAUCCUGAAGUUACAUUUUGCCCCGAUAAUGUGCACAACAACACUGAGCCUGGUCUGAACUACGCCAAUAUUACAUGGAUGAUGCCGACAGCUGAGGAUAACAGUGGUUUCUUUACGACACAGCAAACAGCAAUGUCUGGCGACGGGUUUGGUAUUGGGACUGACACAGUGACGUAUACUUUUACAGAUGCUAACUUGAAUAUGAAUGAAUGUACCUUUAUCGUCAACGUAACAGAUAUCGAAAAUCCCGAAAUCACAUGCCCGGCAGAUGUAACCGUAGGAGCAGACAGCGGUGCACUUGACACAUCAGUAACAUGGAAUUCACCAUCAGCCAGCGAUAAUGAUGACGUGGAGGUGCAGAUAGUAUCUGAUGUGAAUUACGUCAAUGGAAGUACUUUUCAGAUUGGCACAACUACAGUCACAUACCAAGCAACUGAUCCGAGUGGAAACACAAAUUUGUGUAGCUUUAAUGUAACUGUUGAAGAUAUGGAGGAUCCUGAUAUCAGUUAUUGUCCUGCAAAUAUUACGCUGCCAACAGACGAAGGUGCUGGUGAUCGAGUAGUGUACUGGACAGAGCCAACAGCAACCGAUAAUUCAGGAAAUGUUUCUAUUACUAGAUCGCAUACAAAUGGCUCAACAUUUGAUCUUGGUGACACUACAGUAAUGUAUAAUUUCUCUGACCCAUCUGGAAAUACAGCAACGUGUGAAUUUACGGUAACAAUAAUUGAUAUUGAACCUCCAACGCCUUCUCCGUGUCCCAAUAACGAAACUUAUAGUACUGAUUUAGGAGUAAAUUAUAAAGAAGAUGUUACUUGGUCUGGAGUAUCAUUCAGUGACAACGCUCCGUCGGACAUGGCAUUGGAAACUUCUAGUAGUGGAAUUACUUCGGGGUCCAAUAUGUUCCUACUCGGAACUACUGAAGUAACAUAUUCGGCUACAGACGAAGCAAUGAAUACUGGAUAUUGCACAUUCUUUAUAACAAUCAUCGACACUGAACUUCCAACUGUAAUGUGCCCGGACGACAUAUCAACAAACUCAACUGAGGGUGCAGCAACCGCCAUAGUGAGUUACACAGCUACUGCGAUGGACAAUGUGGAAGUUACAAUGGAAAGUUUCGACAUGCCUUCUGGUUCAGCAUUUGACUUUGGUGACACCAAUGUUACGUUUAUGGCAUUUGAUGCAGCUGGUAAUGAGGGCAAUUGCACAUUCACUGUCACAGUUGAAGAUUUUGAACCGCCUGAGUUUACUAAUUGUCCAGAUAACAUAACUGAAACAACCGAUGAGAGAGUAAAUUAUACAAUGGUUAGUUGGAGCCCAGUAACUGCAGAAGAUAAUUCUCUGGUUGAACCAAAUAUUGAGAGUUCCCACAAUUCCAAUGAUAGUUUUUACAUUGGAACCGUUGAGGUUGUAUUUACUGCUACUGACAAUGCCGGAAAUGAAGCUACUUGUUCAUUUUUCGUAACAGUUGAAGACGAUGAAGAGCCAGUUAUUGAAGGCUGUCCUAGUGAUAUAACUCAGAUGUCGGAUAUGGGCAGCAAUACUAGGAGCGUCAAUUGGACAGCACCUACAGCCACUGAUAAUUCGUAUGAUCCACCAGUCGUUGAAUCAUCUCAUUCCCCUGAAGAUAUUUUUGAAAUCGGAACAACUACCGUAGUUUAUAACUUUACAGAUGCAUCGGACAACCAGAAUCAGUGUACAUUUGAUGUAACCAUAACAGACGAUGAAGCACCACAAUUCAUUGAUUGUCCAUCAGAUAUUAAUGCAGUGACUGAUAAUAAUCUUCCUACGUCUUUUCAAAUGUGGGACCCUCCCACGGCAACUGAUAACAAUGGAGUACCAAAUGUUACCGAAUCACACACAUCACCAUUUGAUUUUGCAAUUAUGAUAACCAAUGUUACUUAUGUGGCGACAGACUUGUCCGGCAAUACUGCUGUAUGCUUUUUCCUCGUGAACAUCACAGAUCAGCAGAAUCCAAAUGUAACAUGCCCACCACUAACAGAAAUGAACACAACAGAUGGUGGUAACACUGCCGUUGUCACUUGGGCAACGCCAGAAAGUAGUGAUAAUGAUGACCAGGUUACGGGUGUUACAUCCAGCCUGAUGUCAGGAGAUACAUUCAACAUUGGCGACACAAAUGUCACAGUAACAGCAACAGACACUUCCGGAAACACGGCAUCGUGCGUCUUUAUUGUCAGGAUAAUUGAUCCUGAAGCACCAGAAAUUCAAGACUGCCCUGUAAAUAUAACAGUGUCAGCAGACAUGGAUACUAAUAGUACUAAUGUAAUAUGGACACCACCAACUGCAACUGACAAUGACGGUACACCAGAUGUGAAUAAUAAUUUCUCACCUUCAUCAAGGUUCGAAAUUGGAGAAUAUAUGGUUGUUUACACUUUCAGUGAUCCAUCUGGAAACGAGGCCACCUGCACUUUUAUCGUCACUGUAACAGAUGAUCAAGAUCCAGAAACGAUGAACUGUCCCAAUGAUAUCAUGAACUCUACAGAUAUUAUGAGUAACACAACUUCGGGAAUCACCUGGAUCCCGCCAACCUACAUAGACAAUUCGGGUCAACCAGUAAUAGUAACAAUAUCGGGAAGCACAGACCCACCUGCAACGUUUCCGAUCGGUGAAACUAACGUUACGUAUACAGCGACUGAUGAAUCUGGAAACACCGAUGUAUGCUCAUUCUUGGUUACUAUUACAGAUGAUGAGUCUCCAAUUAUCAUUACUCCCUGCCCGGAUGACAUCUCAAAUUCGACUGAAUUCUAUGGAAGUACACCACGCGUCAUAUGGACGCCACCAACAGCAACAGAUAAUUCUAACUCAGUUACAACUACUUCUACUCACAUGCCUAAUGAUACGUUUCCUGUCGGAUAUGGAAUUGUAACUACUGUAACAUACACAUUUACUGACCCGUAUGAUAACGAGGUAUCCUGCUCGUUUGAUGUAACUAUACAAGAUCUUAUUCCCCCUGUAUUACAUGACCUGCCCUCAGAUUUUUCUGUAAACACUAGUGUUGGCGUAAACUACACUGUCGUAUCGUGGCCUGCACCCUCAUCUACUGAUAAUUCUGGUGUUGUUUACCAGGCAUCACUUGUGCAACCUGGCACAGUGCUUGAAAUUGGAACGCACGAGGUCUGCUAUGUUGCAGUUGAUCCUUCAAACAACGCCGUCAGAGAAUGUUUCUUCGUCACAGUUGAGGACAAUGAGCGACCUGUGAUAACUAACUAUGAAAUGGAGCACUUGGUAGUGUUCACUAAUCCUGGAACCAACACCACAGUCGAUUGGAGUAUUCCAGUUGCUACAGAUAACUCGAAUGAACCCGUGACAGUAGAAUGUAAUAUAGAAUCUGGGUCUUCAUUUGAAAUUGGCAAUUAUACAGUGACGUGUACGUCUACCGAUCCAUACAACAACACAGCCAGUAUUAUGUUUGAAAUAUAUGUUUUUGCAACUGACAUUGAACCACCUGUUGUGACCUGCCCCAAUUCAUUUGAAGUUACAACCGAUCCCGGUUCUCCGAGUGCAUCUCCAGUUUCAUGGCAACCCGUUACGGCAACCGAUAACUACGGCGUAUACAAUUUGACUGGAACACAUGCAAAUGGCUCUAGUUUUAACCUUGGACCGACACCGGUCACGUUUAUUGCCUUUGAUAUUUCAGGGCUGAUGGGAGAAUGUAAUUUUACUGUGACUGUGAUAGAUGAAGAAAUUCCAGACAUUAUUACCUGCCCAGAAAACAUAACACAAAAUACGGAUAGUGGAGAAGCAUUUGCUACUAUAGCAAUUGGUAUGCCGACUUAUCAGGAUAACUCUGGAUCGGCAACACUUUCAAUGUCACCUAAUACAGCUAUGUUCAACAUUGGACAAACUACAGUCAUCUUCACUGUUACUGAUGCUUCUGGAAAUUCCAACAGUUGCGAGCUCAUUGUUACUGUAAAAGACAAUGAGGACCCAGUGAUUGUACACUGUCCUAAUGACAUAUUGGAAGAUAACUUAGCUGGACAAAACUUUGCUGACGUGGUGUGGACAACACCUAAUGCUACAGAUAAUGAUAUGAUCCAAGACACAUACAUGUCAUCUACGUCAGGCUCAAGAUUUACUGUUGGUGAAACCAAUGUGAACGUCAUGUGGGUUGACAAUUCAGGGAACUCUGCCACUUGUGAAUUUGUUGUAGAAGUAAGAGACGUUGAGUCACCUGUAUACACUAACUGCCCUACGGCCGACGUGCAACAGGAGACCUCCAUUGGUACGAAUGAAUCCGCUGUGUUUUGGACACCACCCGAGCUUUCUGACAAUGUUGGUGUAGUUGUGAACAUAUCUGAUUACGAACCUGGAGAUGUUUUUCAGCUAGGUGUUACUGUAGUAACGUACCGCGCCGAGGAUGCUGCUGGGAAUAUCAAGCAAUGUGUGUUUACUGUAGUAGUGAUUGACACCGAGAAUCCUGUAUUUAGUACGUGUGCCAUUCUUCAACCUAGUAUCACAAAUUCAACUCUACCGGGUGAAGCUGUGGGUACAGUAUAUUGGGACAUACCGACAGCAUCAGACAAUGACAAGGUCAUGAGGGUCAUAGCUUCACAUAUGCCUAAUGAUACGUUUGGAUUCGGUUCUACAUCGGUGUUAUAUACGGCUUACGAUGACAGUGGAAACACUGGCACUUGCUCUUUCCAAGUUAUAAUCACAGAUGAUGAAAACCCAAUUUUAUCGAAUUGUCCAAAUGACACGACGUUUUCACCAAUGACGGGUUCAAAUGAUGUAAUUGCUGUUUGGUCAGAUCCAGUCGCAACCGACAAUGUUGAUACGAGUCUAAAUGUGAUUUCAUCUCAUACUUCGAAUACAACGUUCUCAAUAGGUUUUUAUCCUGUAACGUAUACUGUAUCAGAUCAAUCUGGAAACUCAGCCACCUGCAGCUUUUUAAUAACUAUAGAAGAUACAACGCCUCCAGAAAUUACAAACUGUCCUUCCAACAUUACUAAGUCCACUGAUCCUGGCGAAAACUUUGCUAUCGUGGAUUGGAAUGAGCCAACAGUUACAGAUAAUGCAGGAACGCCGAUCGUUACUUCCACCUUUAACCCAAUGGACAGUUUCCAGUUUCUUUAUGGAGGUCAAGUACCGGUGAUUUACCAGGCCUUUGACCUUAGUGGAAACACAGACUCUUGUCUCUUUUAUGUCACUAUCAUGGAUAAUGAAGACCCUGUAAUUGCUAGCUGUCCAGCUAACCAAUCCCUUGCUGCUUCUGCCACGGCCCCAACACAAUUCGCAACAUGGGAUAAUGUGGAUGCUACUGACAAUGUCAUGAUUAUUUCACAGAUCGCGUCUCCUUUGUCAGGAUCAACUUUUGACAUCGGUGUCACUGAAGUUGAAAUAUCAGUUUCAGAUUUUUCAUUCAACACAGCCACAUGUUCAUUUUAUGUUGAGGUUUAUGAUGAUACGGAUCCUGUGUAUAUGUCAUGUCCUGGGCCACUGUCUUUCAGCACCGACCUGGGAUCGCCUACUGCAACAGCAACUUGGUCAAGUUUAGUUGUAACGGAUAACGUAGGAGUAGUAAUGCCUACCAACAGUCAUGACUCCGGUGUACAGUUGAUGCCGGGGGUGACAACUAUUUACAACAACGCAACUGACGAAGCAGGCAAUACUGCCGAAUGUAUAUUUGAAGUGACCGUUACAGAUGACGAGGAUCCUGAGUUUGCAAUGUGUCCUAACCCUUUUACCCGCAUUGCUUCAUCAACUUCGACGAUGACCACUGUGACUUGGGAUAUAUCAAAUGCAACAGAUAAUGUCGGUGUUAUUAUGGAUUCUUCUACACACUCCUCUGGCGACGAAUUUGAAGUUGGGACCUAUGUCAUUAGUUAUGAAGCAUCAGAUGCUGCUGGCAACACUGCAACAUGCGAGUUUACUUUAGUCAUCCAAGACGCCAGUGCCCCGACAUUUGAAAAUUGUUCAGAAAGUAUGACACUAGAAACUGGUGCAGGCGUUGAUGGAACAAACGUCAGCUGGAUACAUCCAACAGCUUUGGACAACUCUGGAAAUGUAGUCUCUACUUCGAUGACACCUGUUAUCCAGUCUGGGUCGUAUUUUACUAUAGGUAUCUAUAACAUAAAUUUCACUGCAAUAGACUCUGCUGGAAAUAAAGGAUACUGUUUGUUUACCAUUGUCAUUCAAGAUGUUGAAGAUCCUAUAAUUACACAAUGUGAAAAUGAUAUAACAACCCUACCUGAUAAUGGAACGACGAACGCUGUUGUAAGUUUUACCCGGCCAACAGCGACUGAUAAUUCCAAUUCUGUAUCUGAAACUGCAACACAUUUACCUAAUGCCGUCUUUCCACCUGGGCUAACUACUGUCACUUAUACAUUCAGCGACCUGUCGGGAAAUCAGAACAUGUGUAGUUUCACUGUAAAUGUUCAAGAUGAUAUGGCACCAGUCAUUACAAAUUGUCCAGAUAGUAUAUUAAACAACACUGAAAUUGGUGAGGCUGAUCGAGAAAUAGGUUGGAUUGAGCCUGAGAUCACGGAUAAUGCUGGAGAUCCUUUGGUCGAACGAUCUCAUAUUCCCGGCACAAGAUUCUCAAUUGGAACAACAUAUGUGAAUUAUACCGCCACAGAUUCAUUUGGAAACCAGCAAGUCUGCUCAUUCGUUGUUACUAUAAUAGACGACGAGAAUCCUGUCAUAAGUAACUGCCCGUCCAAUGAAGUUGCGUACACAGAUGAAGAUGAAACAACAGCUGUGGUAACUUGGAAUUUGCCUACUGCAACUGAUAACUCUGGACAACCAGGAUUGAGUAGUACUUAUCCAUCUGGUUAUGCUUUUCCAAUUGGAGAUUCGGUUGUAACAUAUAUCGCUACUGAUUCCUCGACAAAUACUGUCCAAUGUACUUUUACUAUUCACGUAACAGAUAAUCAACCACCAGAUGUAAUAAAUUGCCCAAACAAUAUUGACCAGACUACAGAUCUACGCUCUCCGACUGCACAAGUAAUGUGGGAUGAGCCUACAUUCGUGGACAACGUAGACGGAAAUUUGACAUCGACGCGUACUUUUCAAUCAGGCUCAGAUUUUAUUGUUGGGGUUUUCACAAAUACAUAUCAAGCAACUGACACAGAAGGAAAUAGUGCUGAUUGCGUUUUCACCAUCACGGUUACAGAUGAGGAAUCACCAGUUUUCAUGAAUUGUCCAGCUGAUUUUACUGAAACAGACUCCAACAUAGCUUACUGGUCACCUCCUACGGCAGAGGAUAACACAGUACUGGUCACAAUUAUGUCCGAAUAUAGUCCUGGAUCUGCUUUCCCAACGGGAACAACCAAUGUGAGAUACACAGCGUAUGAUCAGUACGAUAAUGAGGAAUUCUGUACAUUUAAUGUAAACAUAGAAGGGGUUGGUGCACCUGUGAUUGGAACCUGUCCUGAAAGCAUCACUGUGAUUGCAGAAGAAGGUGAAACAACUGCUCAGCCAACAUGGGAUACACCUACAGCCGAUGACGACGGAACGUCAUUGACGCCUUCGUGCAACGUUCAAUCAGGCGACACACUCUCUAUUGGGUCAAGUACAGCAGUUCUGUGUGUAUUUACUUCACCUUCAACUGGACUAGAAUCUACUUGUCGUUUCACUGUCACAGUAGAAGCCUAUCCCGAUGAAAUUGAUCCAGAAAUACAAAAUUGUCCAGUAGACCAAAGUGUAGACACCGAUAUUGGAAGUUCCUCUGCAACAGUUACAUGGACGCCGCCAACUGCUAUUGAUAAUUCCAAUGUCAAUCCAACGUUGACGGCAACAAUAGAACCAGGAACUGAAUUUAAUAUUGGAACAACAACUGUCCAGUACAUAGCAAGAGAUUCCUCUGGAAAUACGGCAAUAUGUAGCUUUAUGGUAACAGUUAUAGGAAUUAUCGAUAUGGUUGACCCGGAGAUAACUUGUCCUUCCGAUAUUACCGAGUUCGUCAACGAUGGGACAGACACUUAUUCAGUUUCUUGGACCGUGCCGACACCAACCGAUGAUUCAGGAACUGUAUCAAUUUCAUCAAACUUGUUACCAGGUGCAUCAUUCACUGUUGGAACCACAACACAAGUAACAUACACUGCGACUGAUGGUAGUGGAAACACAGCUCAGUGCUCAUUCUCUGUUACCGUUACAGGUAAUGAACCAUAUUAUGUAUUUGUUUUAGAUAACGAGGAUCCAGUAUUUGACUCUGCUCCAGUAAGUCCAGUCACUGCCAGUGUAUAUGGACAGACAUCAACGACUGUAAGUUGGACGGAACCAGUGGUGACAGAUAACUCGGGAGAAGACCCUACCAUUACACUUACAGGUGGAACUAAUGGUGGUACCUUCAACGUUGGAACAACGUCACUUAUUUAUACAGCUACGGACGGUAGCAACAACCAGGCUACUUAUUCAUUUGAUGUUGUAGUGACUGUUGUGGAAGAUGUUGAGCCACCCGUUUUCACCAAUUGUCCAUCAGGAGGUGUAACAGGCGUGAAUACACCAGGUGAAAACAUGGGGGUAGCGUCGUGGGAUGCCCUUAUGGCAACUGAUGAUCUAGCCACAGAUGUUACAAUUACGCCAGAUCUGACGUCGGGAUCAUUUCCUCUGGGAGAAUCGGCAAUGAUAGUCAGUGCAUCGGAUGGUGUAAAUACGGCAGUAUGCAAUUUUACAGUGACAAUUACAGACAACGAGGACCCUGUUAGCGUCUCAUGUCCGGAAAAUCAAAACUUUUACGUACUAGAUUCUAACUCGGUUGCGCUCAUCAUAUGGAGCGAUCCAAUGUUCACUGAUAACAGUGGCGACUUAACAUUGACAUCCAAUGUUGAAUCUGGAGUACGCAGAGGUCCCGGUAUGCUGUCUGUUGAAUACACAGCAUCGGACCCAUCUGGAAAUGAUGCGACUUGCACUUUCACUGUUAAUAUUGAAGUCGCUUCUGAUCCUGCUUCUUUCGAUGGUGAAGCGGUUUUCGUCUCCAUAGGUGGUACUUCUUCUAGUGAAUUUCCUAAUGUUGAUCUUGCUGCUCUUCAACAAGAUCUUGACGAUCUAUUCAGGGGAAGUGAUAUUGCAAGCAGCUUUGUAGGUCUUGACAGUGUAAUGUUCGAUACUCAAGAUGGCACAAAGACAGAUUUUACUGUCUAUGUUACCUCCGGAGUAACUGCGUCAGAUAUUGAAAAUGCAUUUUACAACGCUCUAGACGACAGCAUGACUUUCAGUACUAUGAACACAAUCUCAGCAGAAACAUUCUUGAUAGGUCUGGGUGAUUGUAGUUCCUCACCUUGCCAAAAUAGUGGUACAUGUACCCGUUUACUUUCAUCCUACACUUGCACUUGUGCGUCAGGUUAUCAAGGAAACAACUGUCAAACAGAUAUCAACGAAUGUAGUGAUAGUAGCAUUUGCUCAGGUGGUGCAAUAUGCACAAACUUUGCUGGUGGAUACAACUGUGAUUGUGAAUAUGGUUUUUCGAAAGUUGGAUCAUCUGACACAUGCACAAGACAACUGAUUUUUAAUGGUGCGUUUACAUUGUUGGAAUAUGAUGGGGAUCUAGCAACUUUCGAAGACGAUCUAAAUGAUCUAUCUUCAGCCUUGUAUAUGUACCUUACGAACAAGAUAAUAGAAGCGUUGGGACCGCUCUUUGAUGGAAUUAAUGGAUUUUUAGGUGUUCAAAUUGCUUCACUUGAAUCGGGAAGUAUCAUAGUUGAAUAUGCCGUGCUCUUUGAAAUUGAUUCAUCAGCUGAUGGGCCAAUGUUAGACACCAUGUUCUUACAAAAUGUCAACGGCAGUGGAUUCAUCGCUAACUCUAGCCUCGUUUUAGACUUAUCGUCCAUACAAUCCUUUUCAGAGGUAUGUCCUGAUGAUUAUUGCAAAAAUGGAGGAACUUGUACAACCAGUUCAGUGACAUUUGAAAGCGAGUGCAGCUGUACAGAUGGUUGGAAGGGUACAACGUGUGAAGAGAAAUCUGGACUAGAAACUUGGGAAAUCGUUGCUAUUUGCUCAGCAAGUGCCUUGAUUCUCCUGAUAAUUCUUAUAGCAACUGCUGCCUGCUGCUGUUGUUUCCUUGGAGGAAGUCGGUAUAAUAAUCAUUAUAUGUAUGAUGAAGAGUUCCACGUCCGAGACCGAUAUAAUCAACCAAGAAAAGAUAGGCUGUACGAUAACUAUUACAACGAAAAUUUCCAUCCUGAGCCUUCUCCAAGAUUCAACCAAGAUUUCGACGAGAACAUUUAUGAUAAUCGUGGCUCUAGAUUCUACCAACAUGGGAGUCCAGAGAGACACUUUUCCCGACCAUUUAUUGUGUCUGGUGAUGAACUUUCAGAUCCACGAUACUCACCACAAUUAUGAGAUCGCUGCAUGUUUAAGAAAGUUUUCAUUUCGGAUAAAAUUUGUAUGCAACUUACUGUUACCAGAUAUGUCAUCACUGUGCUACUGGAGCGACCAUGCUUUUUUACCUUCUUUAACUCUAAUUAUCAUUAGUGUUUCUAUAUUACAAUUUUUAUUAUCUGGCAUCAUUUACAUCACCAGUGUCGUUAACAUCCUAUUGUGUAUGGUCCCUUAGAAGAUAAUCUUUAUCAUCUAAUAAUAAUAAUGAUCAUUCAAUCAUUACACCUAGAUAGUAAUUUAAUUUCAAAUAUUUUCGUUUUUUGAAAGUUUAUUAUUUAUGUAAAAUGUAUAACUCCCAUGUAUAAUCAGUGGCGUAUCUGGGGGGGGGGGGUUUGCAUGCCCCUCCAAAUAUUACUUGCAUCCUCCAAAUAUUAUUUGCAUCCCCCCAGUCGCUCCCAAAACUUGCAAAGUACAGUAGUUACAAAAAUCACCUUAUUUUGCAAGUUAGGACCCCUCAACUGAUCAUCGAGCCCCUCCCCCCCUUCACCUUUGCGCCCCCAUCAGCCCAUUUGAAGAUUUCUAGAUACGCCACUGUGUAUAAUUUCAAUGAAUAAAAGGUAAAUCAACUAUGCUAAUUACAUAACAAAGAACGGGCAUUAAUACAUGAUAUAUACCACUAUUGUAAUGGAAUUUCUAGAGUGUCGAACAAACUUAAAAUACUGACUUAUCAUAACAAGUCAGGAAUACUCACAAGCACAUGUUGUCCCACAAAUGCAUGUGUUUGCAUAUGUUUAAAACUGUCAUUUUGUGGACCUUAGCAACAAUAUCCAAGGGGUGGGGCUUAGCAGAUCCAUUGCACAUUGAAAGAAUAAUUAUAUUCACAAAUAUUUUUAAAAAUCCAACAAACUAUUCAUAUUUUCUUGUGUAUGUUUUUGUAAUAGGCAAUUCAUGAUAAAGAAUUCCAUGCGUAAAAAUGAUGAUUCUUCCUUGAGCAUAAAUGUCAAAUUUUGUUAUUAUCUAAUGGCUGGAGAUAUUUGAAUCAUUGUAUUUUUAAGUAGUGUGAAUCAAUAAUUAGCAAGGUACGGGUAUAUUUAAUAGUACAGUUUUUAAAAAAAAAACAGUACUAUAGGAAACUUUUCAAAGGAAUGAAUUGUCUAAUAAUAAUUUUAAAAAUAACAUAUCAGUAAUUUUUUAUGGUAAAUAGUAUUUAUAAGCUACUGGGUUCAACAGUUUAUAUAGUAUUACUUAGAUAGGCCCAUCUUAUUUAAUUAGUCAUCAGUCAUAUAAGCCUACCUCUCCUCUCCAACCCUCCACAACCAUUUAGAGCUAUAUAUAGGCCUACUAGUAAGUUAAAUAGUAUAUUUAUGUUUCAUCAUGUUUUAUACUGUAAUAAUAAUAUACAGUAAACACAAUACUGAGGGCGGUAGGCAGGUCCUACAUAAGAGAUCACAUAAUGUACUGUAACUUAUUAUUAUAAAUGUAACUUCAAUUUUUGAAAAUAUUGCACUUACAGACUUUGUAAUUAAACCAAAUAUUUGUGCUCAAUCGUGGUUCGUUUUAAAACAAUUAAACCUAUUUAUGCACAAUAACUGACCAGCAAAAAUUUAAUUACAAAAGGGCCUUAUAAUAAAAUAAUUUGAAAUUUAUUCAAGGGUAAUUAUACAUAGAUGGAAGACCAAUCAGAAAUUAUAUAGUUUAUGUUUGUAACUUAAUAAUUAACUAAAACAUUUUUUUAUCGGUUUGCCGAAACAUCUCUAACGUAAUAUUUCUGCAGAUAAUUGAGAAAGUAAAAAUCAAAAUUUCCCAAUAAAAACUAGGGAAAUUAAUAAAAUACUUCAAAAAGCUAAAAACUGGAACGAAAGUAGCGUAAUUAGUAUCUAGUUAUGCCUGCGCAUAUUGCAUUAUGUUCUGUAUCUGAUAUGUAAAUGUAAACUACAAUACAAGGCCAAACAAUAAAAUUAAAAUAUCUGUUAUAGCACUACGAAUGCGGUAUAGUAGAGUAACAUAUUGUCUAAUGAAAAAACAAUUUAAUUUUUCAAGUUUUCAAGUUAUAUUUAUACAGUAUAUGAAAAUUGGUAAUGGAUAUUUUUAUGCCAAAAAGUUUAUUUUUAUACAUAUUUGAUGUAAAUCUUGUAAGAUAUUAGGAUAAAUAUACGUAAGACAGUUUAGUCCUUUAAAUUAUUCAUAUGGUUUCCUUAAUAUUUUUGGAAUAAACAUUUAGCAAGCAAAUAUUGUAGUUUUCACAUGUUUUCAGCUUGGCUUCAUUAAAUUCACAAACACAUAGCA